AAACCCCAUUGCCACCCCACGCCGGCGCCGGCGCUCCCCCUUCCCCUAACGCCGUCGCCGCCGCGGGAGGCUCCCGCUGCACGGGUCCUUGCCUCCCCCGCGCCUAGGCGCUAGGGUGACCCCCGCCACAGGCGUGCAGACGCCUCUCCUGCCCCGUCGGCGACCGCCAACCAAGGCCGCCGCCUGAGGUAUGGCGGAGCCCACCGAGAGGGACCGGUUCACGGAUGAGGAGGGGGAGGACAACUUCUUGGAGGAGGAGCAGGACGAGCAAGGAAGCCUUGGAAGCGACGGCGUGGAGGACGGAGGGUUAGGAGGGGGCAAGAGGAAGCGGCCGGGGAAGAGCCUGGUGGGCGGGUUCGGCAAGCGCGGGGUGUGCUACCUCAGCCGCAUCCCUCCGCACAUGAACCCGUCGCACAUCCGCCAGAUGCUCUCCAAGUACGGCGAGGUGCUCAGGAUCUACCUCGUGCCCGAAGGUCAAGGUCAUCGCAAGCAUACUACUGUUAAAGCGAAGGCUUACUCUGAAGGGUGGAUUGAAUUUGCAAAGAAAAGCGUUGCCAAGAGGGUGGCUAAUCUGCUUAAUGGUGAACAAAUAGGUGGGAAGAAGAGGUCUUCAUUUUAUUAUGACAUUUGGAACAUAAAAUACCUCAGGAAGUUCAAAUGGGAUGAUCUGGUUGGUGAAAUGGCUGAGAAGACUCAUAUCAGGGAGCAGAAAUUAACCUUGGAGAUAGCAGCUGCAAAGAAACAACGUGACCACUACCUGUCCAAUGUUGAAAAAUCUCGUGUAUUGAAACAUAUUCAAGAUCGCAGAAAAAAGAAGCAGAAGACAGAAGGAACAGAACCUGGUAAUGUCCUUGAAGCAAAAACUGCUCGUCCAAUCCCUCAAAAGAAACCAGUCGGGGAAACAGCCGCCAAAACGAAAUCGAAGCUUUCAACAGAUAUUUUAGCUGGAGUAUUCGGUAGUUCAUCAUGAUCGGCUGAUCGCUUCUAUCCACUGACACGGAGUUGGCACAUGCCAAACUGAAUGGGGGGGAGCACAAGAUCAGACUUCUUCAUAGUCUGCUUCGAUUUUUGGUAGAUUAAGUCAUGUUUAUUUUUGGUAACCAAGGUUCCUGCCUUCAGAAUCCUCUUGUCCUGCAGUCAUGCCCUAGAAGGUUUUCUGGAUGAACGUGAAUGGUUUGGUGACUGCCAAUGCUGUUUGAUCAGCAAUCUUGGUUGUAACACUCUUCUAGCUGAAACAAUUUAUAUCUUGUAUUCA